AUGGCCGAAUUUGUAAAGUUGUCGAUUUUUGGAACGGUUUUUGAAGUGACGACAAGAUAUGUAGAUCUUCAACCAGUUGGUAUGGGAGCAUUUGGUCUAGUUUGUUCUGCAAAGGAUCAAUUGACCGGUACCAAUGUCGCUAUCAAAAAGAUUAUGAAACCUUUUAGCACACCCGUGUUGUCAAAAAGAACGUAUCGCGAGUUGAAGCUGCUUAAGCAUUUAAAGCAUGAAAACAUCAUUAGUUUAAGUGACAUCUUUAUUUCUCCAUUAGAGGAUAUAUAUUUUGUUACAGAGUUACUUGGAACCGAUCUGCAUCGACUACUGACAUCCCGUCCUUUGGAGAAACAGUUUAUUCAAUACUUCUUGUAUCAGAUUCUGAGAGGAUUGAAAUAUGUCCAUUCCGCUGAAGUAGUGCAUAGAGAUCUGAAACCUAGUAAUAUUCUUGUCAAUGAAAAUUGUGAUUUGAAGAUUUGUGAUUUUGGUCUAGCGCGUAUUCAAGAUCCUCAAAUGACCGGAUACGUAUCCACUCGAUAUUACCGAGCUCCAGAGAUUAUGCUGACAUGGCAAAAGUACGAUGUUGCAGUUGAUAUUUGGAGCGUCGGAUGUAUUUUUGCGGAAAUGUUGGAAGGAAAACCAUUAUUCCCGGGCAAAGAUCAUGUGAAUCAGUUUUCUAUCAUUACCGAGUUACUCGGAACACCACCUGACGAUGUGAUUCAAACUAUUUGUAGCGAAAAUACUCUAAGAUUCGUUCAAUCACUGCCGAAACGCGAAAAAGUUCCAUUCUCGCAAAAGUUUCAGAAUGCCGAGCCCGAUGCUUUGGAUCUACUCGAGAGGAUGUUAGUCUUCGACCCACGAAAACGGAUCACUGCCGAACAGGCAUUGGCCCAUAAAUACCUCGAACCAUAUCACGACGAAACAGACGAACCGUUCGCGGAUGAGCCGUUCGAUUGGUCGUUUAAUGAUGCGGAUUUGCCGGUUGACAAUUGGAAGGUGAUGAUGUAUCAAGAGAUUUUAGAUUUUCAUAAUGUUGAUGGUCAAACUUAUUUGGACGAUCCUGAAAUUCCGCAGUAUUCUUGA